AUGGACCACGCUCAGAACUUCGACACGACCAACACGUCCAUUCCUGCUGAGGAUGUUCUGUUCAUCGGGGCAGGCACAUUCACCGUGGGCAAGUCGGGCGGGAACCAAUGUACCGACUGGGCAUCCGGUGUCAUAACUCUAAUCCAGGUUGAAGGCCCCUCUAAAGUCGCCCUCUUCCUUGUUGACGCCAGCAACCGAAAGCAUUCGUUUAUAUCGGAGGUAUCUUGCGACUGGGCUCUUGCGCUUAUCGACGAGCGGAACCGCCUGUUCGGAUGGACCAUCGGCGAGAUGCUGUUCCGCGUCCAUCUUCAAGAUAACGACCGCCGACGGUUCCUCUCGCUUGUGCGCAGCUUCACGCUGGCGCUGGAUAGCGUCUGCACCUCCACGCAGAACACCCAAGACCGUCUCCAGUCCUACCUGGAAAUCCUCCCCUCCGACCUCACCCAGCUGCAGCCCGACGCGAUUGUGAAUUGUUUAGGCCGCCUGGAGAGGCUUAAGCCGGAGCCGAUGAACCCAAACCACUUCGGAGGCUGUGCCAACGAAGAGACACAUUUGCACGGUUAUCCGCAAUCCCCAGACUUCGCUCACCCUCUUGCUGCGAGCACGCACGAACCGGAGGCGAUAAACUCCACCCACUUCGGAAGCCGCGACAAUGAACAGCCGCAUUUUUAUGCUUAUUCGCAGUCCCCAAAGUCUGAGGACAAGCGCAGUGAUCACCGGGAUUGGCUGCUUUGA